UUUUAAACAUGAGCAAAUUGAGUAGGCGUAAGGCGUGAAAGGGGUGUAAAUGGUUAGUAAAUAUUAGGUUAUCUUUUUAUUUAUGUUUACAUUUUUGUUAUGGUCAGGUCUUGUUUUCGGACCUAAGAACUUCAAUUAGUAGUCACGGGAUAAGUUUUAAAGGGCUCAGGUUUUCGUACCAAUAUCUGUUUACUUCAAAACUUUGCUUUCGUGUCAAGAACCAAUAAUUCUGAUGCCAAAGUCGUAUGCAUCAGGACCAUCAGGACAGCCUGUUCGUUUGAGAGGAAUGAUUGAUCUGUUUUGAAGAAGACGCCUUUACUAGCUUCUAGAUGUUUAAUACAUCACCGACACAAAGAGAUGUCGCACCUUCCCAAGCAUCUGCGUCUCCUGCCGUUACAAUGGAAACUAUGGAGACUAUUGUUGCUGUGUCAAUAGGCAUUCUUGCUGCUGUAUUUGUUGGAGCCUUGAUCAUUCUUGUUCUGAUCUGCCGUCGACAGAAAGGCAAUGAAAGUUUCAUGAACAAACAGUGUGGGGAAGUGAGACCAGACGUGCACUUGAUUGAGUCAGACCGUCCAGAAUUGGAAUUGGGGGAAGUCCGUUUGCAUCCAGAUAUUGAACAGAUCCUUGCAGAUGAGCAGUGGAUUGGUGAUGCAACAGGUCUCGUACCACACUGUUUGGCUGUUCUUAAAACUUGCCACACAUUGACGGAACGGUUGGCUGCACUGGCGAUGGGGCCUCUGAACCAUAGUAAGACUGGCCAUGAGAUUGUUGAGGUUGCACGUCGUAUUUCUCCACGUGUGGAUGAUGUAGUGCGCAGUAUGUAUCCUCCUCUGGAUGCCAGGCUGUUGGAGGCACGCACAGCUGCUCUAGCAUUGGCUGUUGCACACCUUGCUCUUGUCACACGUUAUGGAAGCAGUAUGGGACGAUCAUCUCGUAGACUGGCAUGGAUUGACCAGGCACUUGUUGAUAUGGAGCCACAUUUGUUGGUAUUGCGUGAGGCAGCACUGGCACAAGAAGCUUCAUGCAGAAUCCAGAAUGUAAUUGGUCAAGGAUCGUCGAACACACCACUGUAAUGUUCAUAUAUUGGAACUGUAUUACAAGCUUUUAUGUUAUUAUGUACUUUAUUUCUUAUGCACAAGCCAGCAUUUUGUAGUCUCAAAAGCUGUAAAUUCAGUUCACAGAGCCUCUUUGAUAUCAGAGACUUUGUCUGCGGCUGUGAGCAAAGUUUUUGUCAUGAAAAGAUUUAAGGUAAAUAUGUGUUUUCAGUAAUGAAUCUUCACUUUCACCUUCCUGCCCCAUCAAGGCUCCUCAUGCAGCAUGCAGAGCUUCAUUAAUUUUGAUCCAAUUGUUCAAAUUUUCUGCAAGGAAGCAAAGUUGUACCUUUGAAUGAUAAAUGCUGCACAUCAUAAUUGUAGUAGAUGAGUACACAUACUUGAAUAUAUGUGGAAAGUAUUUGAUAAAAACAGCAAGCCCAAAUUUUAAUUACAUUUCUUAUUAUAUGGUAUUUACAGUUGCAGGAAUGCAUGUAUUAGCUUUGCAAUAUUUAUUUGUCUGUUAUGUCUUGUCUGUCAGCAUGACAACUCUAGAACCACUAAAUGGAUUUUCAUGAAUUUUGAUACUGUGGAGUUUUACUAAAAUUAGUAUGUUUCAAUAUUUGUUAAAAUAAGACAACAAUAACAAAGACUUAAUAUGAAGAGAAAAUACUUUUCUGUGUGCAUCUCACGAAUCUCACUAAAUAUUUAUCACAAUGAAAAAUAUUUAGAACAGAGGCUUUAUAUAAAAAUGAAACAUUUUAUCCCAAAUACACAUGCGCCUUAAGUCAUACAGUAAUGACAGAUGUAAUUAAACAAAAUUGACUGUAUGUUGUCUACGGGCAAUAACUGAAUGAAACUAUGCUCUGUUGGUUGAAGUGGGUAUGUACACAAGAAA